AUGAAGGCAUACUCAGAUGCCAAGCGCAAUGGCACUGAGGCAACUGAGUUCAUUCUUCUGGGACUAAGCACCCGACCAGAACUGCAGCCAAUUCUUUUCUUGGUAUUCCUCAUGAUUUACCUCAUCACACUGACAGGGAACUUUGGCAUGAUCUUAUUAAUCAGGUUCACUCCUCGGUUGCAAACCCCCAUGUAUUUUUUUCUGACACACUUGGCAUGUGUGGAUAUUUUUUACUCAACAAAUGUCUCUCCUCAGAUGCUUGUCCAUUUUCUAUCUGAGAAGAAGACCAUUUCCUACACUGGGUGCCUGAUUCAAUGUUUUGUUUUUGUCACUCUGCUCCUGACUGAAUAUUACAUGCUGGGUGCCAUGGCCUAUGACAGGUACAUGGCAAUCUGCAACCCCUUACAUUACAGCACAAAAAUGUCCCGGCCAGUUUGCAUUUGCCUUGUUACUUUCCCUUACUUCUGGGGUACUAUGGUGGGCACAAUGCAGGUAAUACUGACCUCACGUCUAUCCUUUUGUGGACCCAACACCAUCAACCAUUUCUACUGUGCUGACCCUCCUCUCUUGAUGUUAACCUGUUCUGAUACUUAUAUCAAGCAAACUGCCCUCUUUGUGUCAGCUGGGAUUAAUCUUACAAGUUCCCUUCUCAUCAUCCUCAUCUCUUACAUUUUUAUCUUCGUCACCAUCACAAGGAUCCGUUCCAGUGAAGGGCAACGAAAGGCUUUCUCUACCUGUGGCUCACACCUGACAGCCGUCACUAUGUUCUAUGGGUCCCUCUUCUGCAUGUAUCUGAGACCAGCAAAUGAGAGGUCUGUUGAGCAAGGCAAAAUCAUAGCAGUAUUUUGUAUUUUUGUGAGUCCCAUGGUGAAUCCAUUUAUCUACAGCCUGAGAAACAAGGACGUGAAGCAGGCUCUGAGAAGAGUAUUUGUAAGAAAUAUCUGCAAACUGGAGAAAACCUCAGCACCUAUACUCUCUCACUAA